UGCAGAUCCAACGGCUGCGCUGCCUCAUGACUCGGGCCUCCCUUCCCCAAACCGAUAGCGAGCGGCCCGCGCACCGGAGGGACACGAAUGCCUCCUCGAGCGGGAGCCAUGGCGGCGGCGGCGAGGGCGGCGCUGCUGCCCUCGUCGUCCUCCUCCCCCUCGCCGCUGCUCCGCCUCCCGCGCCGCUUCCUGUCGCUCACCGCGACUCCCUACCCUCUCUACUACGACCUCAUCGUGCACCGCCCCGCGGACCCCAAUCCCCCCAAAUCCUCCGCCUCCGACUCCGACCGCCAGCCGCAGCCACCCCUCGACGAGCAGCCUCUGGACCGCGCCAAGCGCCGGUACCUCCGCAAGCGCCGCAGCCGCCUCCUCCCUGACCCUGACGCCACCACCACCACCAAGCCUUCCUCCUCCUCGUCGGAGUUCGUCGAGCUCCGGCCGGAGGUCGUGGACUUCCCGCGCCUGCACGCGCGCGAGGAGGCGCUCUACUUCCACGACACCUUCGCCAUGCCGUGGGAGAAGGACAAGCACUACCGUAUGCUCUACCGCCUCGAGAAGAAGUACUUCCCCCACCAGUCGCUCGACAACGCAUUCGUCUCUGCUGAUGCUGCCCCGGCCUCCGACGCCGACAGGAGCCUCGUCUUCUUCGACGACGAGAAGAAGGAAGAUGAGGGAGGGGAGCGGGUGGUCAGCAAGAAGGGCGGCGACAGCGAUGACAAAGGGGAGGUGCUGGAGAGGAAGGUGGAGGAUUUCUUCAGGUCUCUGAAGAAGGGCCCCGGCCAAGCCGACACCAAGGCCAAGAGACCGGGAGCGGAGCUGCGGCAGGUCAAGCGCGAGGUGCCGAGGGAGGAGGAGCGGCCGCAGCCGUACCUCGUCACCAGGACCAAGGAGCUGCCGCCUAGGUGGGACGGCCCGGCCGGGACCGUCGUGCUCGUCGACAAGCCCAAAGGAUGGACUUCUUUUACUGUUUGUGGCAAGUUGCGGCGCUUGGUUAAAGUACAAAAGGUUGGACAUGCUGGAACUCUGGACCCCAUGGCAACUGGAUUGUUGAUUGUUUGUGUAGGAAAAGCAACCAAAAUAGUUGAUAGCUACCAAGGAAUGGUUAAAGGCUAUAGCGGUGUUUUCCGACUUGGAGAAGCCACAUCAACCUGGGAUGCAGAUUCACCAAUUAUCCAGAGGGAACCAUGGGAACACAUUAAAGAUGAAGCUAUUAGAAAGGCAGCGUCAUCAUUUAAGGGUGAGAUAUGGCAAGUCCCUCCAAUGUUUUCUGCCAUUAAGGUUGGUGGCGAAAAGAUGUAUGACAAAGCAAGGAGGGGUGAAACAGUAGAGCUUUCACCAAGACGUAUAUCAAUAUACCAAUUUGAUAUUGAGCGCAGUUUGGAAGACAGACAGAAUUUGAUAUUUCGAGUUACUUGCUCGAAAGGAACAUAUAUUCGGUCCCUAUGUGCAGACUUGGGCAAAGCACUUGGAAGUCUAUACAUUUUUCUGCAGCUGUGCUCAUUUAACUGCCUUACGGAGAGACUCAAUAGGUGAAUACUCGGUCAAUGAUGCUUGGAACUUCGAUGAACUUGAGCAACAAAUCACCAAGGGAUAUAUAUGAAUCAUUUAAUUAAAUCUGCCUUCUGGACUUUGGGGGAUGCGAGCUAGGUUACAUGCGGCUUGCAAGUUGCAACCAGUGGCCUUGUGCCCAUGUCAUUUGUCACCAAUUAUAUAGAAAAUUAAGUCAACAGUAGAGUGGUACCUUGAGUAGACAUCCAGAAAUGGGCAUUCAUGCAUAUCAGUCCCAAAGCUGUCAAUGCGUGUUGGUAUGCAAAUCCAAUUCAGUUCAUAACUUCAUCCUCAAUUUUGCAGAGGAACACGAAGCUUGUCUUAUUGUCAUGAUCUUGACAAUGAUGAAGUGUUGUUGUGCUCUUUCAGUUGUGUGCUUACAGAAGUGGGUUGCUCAGGGCGUUAGUCGUUUGGCUUAUCAUGCAUGGUUAAGUCAUGGCAGAGAGUGCUGUUAGCUGAUUUAUUGUGAAAGAAAAACAUUGUUGAAUGGCUGACAGAUUCAGCUGAUAAGGUCAAGCGAAUAUGGUGUGCCUAUAAGAUUUUCUUGUCUUUUUUUCCUUAUAAAUUAGUUUUUUUUUCACCCUA